AUGGAGGAUUCUAGGGUUUUCUCCGAUCCGACCCGUUCGAACCGCCUGCAAGCUGGCAUCAUCUCCAGAAUUCGUCUCGAAAAUUUCAUGUGCCACAGCAAUCUCGAAAUCGGGCUCGGCGACUGGGUCAAUUUCAUUACUGGCCAAAAUGGAAGUGGAAAGAGCGCUAUAUUAACUGCACUCUGUGUGGCAUUUGGUAGCCGGGCUCGCGGCACACAAAGAGCCAACACGAUGAGAGAUUUUAUAAAGACUGGCUGCAGUCAUGCACUUGUUCAAGUUGAGAUAAAAAAUCAAGGAGAAGACUCUUUUAAACCAGAAGUGUAUGGCAGCAUCAUAAUAGUGGAGCGCAGAAUUUCGGAAUCAACCAGUUCCAUCUCAUUGAAAAAUAGUCAAGGUAGGAAGAUUGGUACCAAGAAAGAAGAUCUUCGCGAGAUAGUGGAACACUUCAAUAUUGAUGUAGAGAAUCCAUGUGUGAUCAUGACCCAAGACAAGAGCAGAGAAUUUUUGCAUUCUGGAAAUGCGAAAGACAAAUUCAAGUUUUUUUUCAAGGCAACUCUACUGCAACAAGUGGAUGAUCUCUUGAAAGGUAUUGAGAAGCAAGUAAAUGAAGCGAAGGCAAUGGUUAUGCAUUUAGAAGAGUCGCUUAGACCAAUAUUGAAAGAAAUUAAUGAAUUGCAAGAAAAGAUAAAAAGCAUGGAAUUUGUGGAGGAGAUGUCACAACAGUUGCAGUUGUUGAGGAAGAAACUUGCAUGGUCAUAUGUUUAUAAUGAUGAAAAUUCACUUGAAAAGAAACACAAGAAGAUUGAAGAACAGAAAAGGAAAAUAUCCAACUUGCAAGCACAAAUUGAUCUGAAGCAUCGCAAGGGUGAAGAAUUAAGUGAUCUAUUGGCCAAGAAGAAAAGUCAAAUAUUAAAUAUGAUGGAGAGGACAUCGGAAGUAAGACGAAUGAAGGAAGAUCUGCUGCAAAGUUGUUCAACUGCUGUCAAGGAGAGGCUUGAGCUAGAAAGGGAACAAGACCGCAUGGCUCGGCAAAUUCAACAGAUGAAUGAAGAUGUCAAAUCACGUGAGCAACAGAUUCAUGAUUUGCAAGAGCAGUUUGCCAAAACUACACAAGCUGAAGAAACUGCAAUGGAGGAAAAGCUCAGGGAACUCCAAGUUGAGGUAGCUGAAGCUAAUGCUAGUAUUCAGAGAGGGAAGGAGGAAGAAGAUGGAAUAGCACAGAAGAUAGCUAUGGUAGAAAAUGAAAUAUCAAAAAUAACAAAACAGAUAGAAGAUAUUGAAAGAAACCAUCGUGAUAUUUCAUCUCGUAUCCAUGAGCUCCAAAUGAACCAAAAAAAUAAGGUUACUGCUUUUGGCGGAGGUCGAGUCAUCAGUCUUUUGCAGGCCAUUGAGCGGCACCAACAUAAAUUUAGCAGCCCACCUAUUGGUCCCAUAGGUGCUCAUGUGAAAUUGGAACAUGGAGACAUGUGGUCUGUAGCUAUUGAAUCUGCAGUUGGCAGGGUACUUAAUGCUUUUAUUGUCACUGAUCACCAAGAUUCCCGUACUCUAAGAGCAUGUGCGAAGGAAGCAAACUAUCACUACUUACAGAUUAUCAUUUAUGACUUUUCCCGACCAAGAAUUGACAUUCCGAGGCACAUGCUUCCUCAUACUAAUCAUCCCACUGCAUUCUCCGUUAUGUGUUCUGACAAUCCUACGGUGCUGAAUGUUUUGGUUGAUGUGGUUGGUGCUGAGAGACAAGUGCUUGUCAAAGAUUACGAUGCUGGCAAAAAGGUUGCCUUUGAGCAGAGGGUAGCAAACCUGAAGGAGGUCUUCACGUCUGAUGGGUACAAGAUGUUUUCCCGCAACUCAUCCGAAACUAUUCUUCCCCCCCACAAAAGCUCGCAUUCUCGUCGUCUUUGUGGUUCGUUUGACCAUGAGAUUAAGUAUCUGGAAAAAGAUGCAUUGGAAGCAAAAGAGAAUGCUCAAAGAGGCCGAGGCGUGAAACGGACUAAGGAAGAAGAUUUGAGAAAUCUUCAGGACAUGUUACACGGUGUAAAGAGAAGGCGCAUGAAUAUGGAGCGGGUCAUUAGGCCGAAGAUAUUUGAGCUGGAAGAUGUGAAAAAAUUCCUCUCUUUGGAAUCUAAUGCUGGGCAUGCAUCUACAGUGGAUGAACUUCAUCAAGAGAUAUCUAAACUGCAUCAAGAAAUAGAAGGAAAGGAAACUUUGUUGGAAAAGCUUCAGAAUAGAGUGAAUGAAGCAGGAACAAAAGUUGACAAUCUCAAAGCGUCAUUUGAUAAUCUAUGCGAUUCAGCGAAAUCAGAAAUUGAUGCAUUAACAGAAGCAGAGCGUGAACUGAUGAUGAUAGAGAAAGAUCUACAUGUAGAAGAACAGGCGAAGAAAAAUUGUGAGGACCAUAUGAAUACUAAGUUACUUUCUCUGCUAAAACAAUUGGAGGAUGAAUUUCAGAAGCUUGAGGAUGAGUGUAAGGAGGGCCGUCUGAAAGCAUCAGCUAUAUGUCCUGAGAGUGAGAUUGAGGCUUUAGGAGGCUGUGAAGGAAGCAGUAUUAAGGAACUUGAAGCUCAAUUUAAAAUAUUGACUCAAAGACAGCAGCGUGAGAGCCGAAGAUUUUCAGAAUCUAUCAAUGAUCUCCGAAUGAUGUGUGAGAAAAAGGAGCGUAGGAUCUCAAGAAAACAACAGACUUAUAAAGCCUUUCGGGAGAAAUUGGAAGCAUGUGAGAAAGCUGUACAAUUGAGAUGGAGCAAGUUCCAGAGGAAUGCAACCCUUCUGAAGCGCCAGCUAACAUGGCAAUUUAAUGGCCAUCUGAAGAAGAAAGGGAUAAGUGGUCAAAUCAGAGUUAGUUUUGAAGAGCAAACUCUGUCAGUAGAGGUGAAAAUGCCUCAAGAUGCGUCAAGCAGCUCCGUUCGUGACACUAGAGGACUUUCAGGCGGUGAGCGUUCUUUUUCAACAUUGUGUUUUGCCCUUGCACUUCAUGAGAUGACAGAAGCCCCCUUCCGUGCAAUGGAUGAGUUUGAUGUUUUUAUGGAUGCUGUAAGCAGAAAAAUCAGCUUGGAUGCCGUGGUUGAUUUUGCAUUGUCUCAAGGUUCCCAAUGGAUUUUUAUAACCCCUCAUGACAUCAGCAUGGUGAAAAAUGAUGAGAAGAUAAAGAAGCAGCAAAUGGCAGCCCCUCGUGGAUGA